GUUAUCGGAAUUUGCAUCUUUUUGAAACCGUCUUUUUGAUUCCGCCGUUUGCGUCUGACGUGUUCACGGCGGCAACCUCCAUGGACAACGGUGACCACGGAAACAACCACCACAACUUCCACGAUGGUGCUGAUAACCGUUUAUCAGCCGAAUCUUUGCCGUUAAUCGAUACGCGUCUCUUAUCGCAGUCAGAACUUCGCGCUCUCUCUCACUGUUCUUCUCUAUCUCCAUCUUCUUCAGCGUCUCUCGCUACUUCCGCUGGUGGAGACGACGAUUUGACACCAAAGAUCGAUCGCUCCGUUUUCAAUGAGUCCGCUGGUAGCCGGAAACAGACAUUUCUCCGUCUCCGCCUUGCGCGUCACCCUCAACCACCGGAGAAACCUCCUUCGCCGCAACGUCGCAGAGACGAUUCUUCCCUAGAAGAACAAACGCAAGUCGCGUCGCUUCUCAGAUCUCUGUUCAAUGUCGAUUUGAUUCAGAGUAAAGAGGAAGAAGACGAAGGAGAGGAAGAAGUCGAGGAAAACGAAGGUCAGAUCCAUUAUCACAGCUAUGUUUAUCAGAGACCGAAUCUUGAUUCGGUUCAGAACGUUCUGAUUCAGGGAACCUCCGGGAAUGAAAUCAAGAGGAAGCGAGGACGGCCGAGGAAGAUUCGGAACCCUAGCGAGGAAGAGACGGAGGUUUUGGAUUUAACACGUGAAGCAUCUGCGUAUGUGUUUGUAGAUAAAACUAGUAGCAAUUUGGGAAUAGAGAGUAGAUUUGGUAGUUCAGGAAUCUCCAUGGAUUCAAAUUCUGUGAAGAGAAAGAGAGGUCGUCCUCCAAAGAUUAAGGAAGAGAUAAUGAAAUUGGAGAACAGAGACAGUGCAAUUGUGAAUCUUUCUGCAUUGGAUAAGGAAGAGUCAGUGAAAUUGGAGAACAGAGAAGGUGCAAUUGUGGAUCUUUCUGCAUUGGCUAGUGUUUCAGAGGAUCCAUAUGAAGAGGAGCUGAAGAGGAUCACUGUUGGGUUGAAGACAAAGGAAGAGAUCUUAGGUUUCUUGGAACAAUUGAAUGGUGAAUGGGUGAAUAUAGGGAAGAAGAAGAAAGUUGUGAGAGCUUGUGAUUAUGGAGGAUACUUGCCCAGAGGAUGGAAACUUAUGCUCUACAUAAAAAAGAAAGGUAGCAAUUUGUUGCUGGCUUGUCGCAGAUACAUAAGCCCUGAUGGGCAACAGUUUGAAACCUGCAAGGAAGUCUCCACAUAUCUGAGAUCUCUUCUUGAAUCCCCAAGCAAGAACCGACACUAUUACUUGCAAUCUGAUAACAAGACUCUAGGACACCAACCAGUGACAGCUAACGAUUCUUCACUAGGUAACUCUGAUUCCAUGGACUUGCCUGUUCCGGACUCUGAAACAAUGCAGUACCUUGAGAGUGGAAGAACCGGCAGUGAGGUGUUUGAGGAAGCGAAAGUCGUAGAAAAUAGUGAUGAAGCAGAUGGAGUGAAAACCAGUCUGGUGGAGAAAGAUGCUAAUGCUGAUUUUCUGAAUGGAGACGACAACGACCAUACGAAGAAAAGAGAUGGUAACAUGGAGAAUUUGGCAGCUCUAUCGAAAGCCAUGUUGAUGCCGACUGAUGAGCUUCAACAACUUGAGAGAGACAGAGAAAGAGAAGAAGAAGAAGAAGAAGAAGAAGAAGAAGAAGAAGAAGAAAAAGCUAUGGAGAAUGAGAGGGAAAAGCAGGUUUACUUGGCUAAGCUCUCUGAGCAAACCGAAAGAUACGAUGAAAUGGUGGAGGCGAUGAAGAAAGUUGCUCAGCUUGAUGUCGAGCUAACUGUGGAGGAGAGAAAUCUUGUAUCUGUGGGGUACAAGAAUGUGAUUGGUGCAAGGAGAGCUUCAUGGAGAAUACUAUCCUCCAUUGAGCAGAAGGAAGAGUCCAAGGGAAAUGAGGAAAAUGUCAAGAGGCUUAAGACUUAUCGAAAGAGAGUUGAAGAUGAGCUUGCCAAAGUUUGUAAUGACAUCUUGUCCGUCAUCGAUAAGCAUCUCAUUCCAUCGUCUAACGCUGUGGAGUCAACUGUCUUUUUCUACAAAAUGAAAGGAGAUUACUAUCGCUAUCUGGCAGAGUUCAGUUCUGGUACUGAACGCAAGGAAGCUGCAGAUCAGUCUCUUGAAGCAUAUAAGGCUGCUGUUGCUGCUGCAGAGACUGGUUUGGCACCCACACAUCCAGUUAGACUUGGCUUGGCAUUGAACUUUUCAGUUUUCUACUAUGAGAUCUUGAACUCUCCCGAAAGCGCAUGCCAAUUGGCUAAGCAAGCAUUCGAUGAUGCAAUUGCUGAACUUGACAGCCUCAACGAGGAAUCAUACAAGGACAGCACUCUUAUUAUGCAGCUACUUAGAGACAAUCUCACCUUGUGGACUUCAGACCUCAAUGAGGAAGGAGAUGAGCGAUCCAAAGGUGCUGAUGAGCCUCAAGAAGAGAACUAAAUCCUGGAUCCCCGCUAUGUGAGAAGAGAAACGGCUCUUGCUGCAUCCUGAAUCUUGAAGUGGAAGACAGUAAGCGUCGUUACUCUCGGAUGUGUAAUUUUAAUUUAUGUCUUUCAUCUUUCCAGCACACAAGACUGCGUAUCUUCAACACUCUUAUGAUGUGGUUGGAGUCUGUUUUUACGCUUAGUUUGCUUCUUUGCUUUGUUGUUGAAUUGAGCCACCAGGCAUGAUUUGGGUUUUGUUUUAUCAGAAUAUUAGGAGUAUCAUCGUUACAAAAAUCAAAACUAAAACUGACGAAGCUUUAUUCUAGCUUCUCUAAUAACUCUAUUGCAAAUGU